CCCCAUCCAGAAAAUACGGCACAAGGUGUCAGUAGCCCUAUAAACCCCCAACAAGAAGUUUCAUCAACUGUGUUAGCGCUAAUUAAUACCAGCAAGUGAACGUAUCGUGAAGAACGUGAGCGGUAUGAUUCUUCAGAGAAUAUUACAUUCUUCUGAAUAUAGGCAGCUGACUAGAAUCUCUGGCGUAUUCAGUUUCUCAACAAAUUCCACAACUCAGGCCACAGAUCCCAAACGAUACAUACCAAGAAGAGCAGUUCUCUAUGUUCCUGGCAGUGAUGACAGAAAAUUAAAAAAAAUUCCCAGCCUUGCAGCAGACUGUAUUGUGAUGGACUGUGAAGAUGGUGUUGCUUUAUCCCAAAAGGAAACAGCAAGAUCAAAGAUUUAUCAAGCUUUGCAUUCUCAAGAGAUAGAUUUUUCUGGAAAAGACUGUUCUGUUCGCUUUAAUAGUGUGCAAAGUGGAUUGUGUGAAGCAGAUAUGCAGGAGAUUUUAUCAGCAAGUUAUCUUCCAUCCACUGUACACCUUCCCAAAGUUGAUUCACCGGAGCACAUUGAAUGGUUUACAGAGAAACUGAAGUUGAUAAUGAAGAGCCGCAAGACUUCAGAGAAGCUGCGUCUCAUCAUCUUCACAGAAUCUGCUGAAUCAUUGCUUAGUCUUCCAACAAUUUGUCGUCGAGGGGCCGAGCUGUCCAGGGAUGCUCCCUUUGAUCUUGAUGGCAUUGUAUUUGGGUCAGAUGAUUUUUGUGCUGAUAUUGGUGCAACACGAACAAAUGAAGCAAGAGAAUUAACUUUUGCACGACAGUAUGUUGUAACUGUUGCAAAAGCUUUCAAGUUGCAAGCUGUUGAUCUGGUGUAUAUUGAUUACAAAGACCUUGAGGGGCUCAGAAUACAGAGUGAAGAAGGAGCUGGCAUGGGUUUUACAGGCAAGCAGGUGAGUGAUACAGGAAGGUGUUUCACAGACAAGCAGGUGAGUGAUACAGGAAGGUGUUUUAUAAAUACCUCAUAGAGGUACU